AACUCGUUCCACUGUGUUGUGUGGCGUGGUUUGGAUUAUGGGAAUGUGGUAUGGUAUAUAAAGUAUGAAAUGCCAGAUUUCAAAUUGAUAUGUUGUUUUGUAGGGUGGAAAUGAGAAUGAAAAACACCGAACCUCACUUCAUAUUCUUAGAGGCGACAGUUUGGAUGAUGAUGACGUCGAUGAUAAUACAGAGCACACUGAGGUAUUCCCAUAGUGAUUUAAUUAUUGUGAACUAAGACUAGCAACAUCCAAGAUCUUGGCCAAACUCCUGGUAUCAUUUUGUUCAUUUCCACUGGCCAUUAUACAAUGGAGCAAAUUUGACGGAACCGGAAAAUAUGAAGAAAAAAAAUCGAAAAAAAAGGGGAAGCGUGAGGGUUAUUGUAUUUUUUACACAGUACAGUAUAUAUUGAACUUUCGUAAUUAUCCGUUACAGACUUGAAAAAGUUUUAGUUAAGAGUUCUUAAGUUUGGAAGUUUUGUGUGUUAGAUCUUUCCCAGAACACAGAAAAAUAUAUUCCAUUUCAGAGAACCUAGAAUCCAUAUUUUUCCAGGAAAAUAUGCUUCCCUCCUCGAUUCCCGCUUGCGUUUUGUCUGCCUCCCCCGCAAACGAACCUUCCGACAUUUGUUGAGCUACGUCAGCUGAUGUGUGCACAGUAGAGACAUUAUAAUAUACUAUUUUAGUUUGUUGUUGUUUUAAGGAAAUAAUAUUUAUAAAACUUAUUUAGGUCGUGGAUGAAGAAAAGCGGCAUAGCUUAAAGAGAAAAUGUUCAGCAGAUUCUGUGCAGGUAUAUUAUUAUUAAACUCAAAAUGUCCUGGAACGCCCAAGCUGAAGUUGUUAAGUAUUUAAUUAGGUAUCCCUUUCUUUUGCGAAAUAAAUCCUCCUCCCUUGGAAAUUCCUGUUUAGCUUUCCUCCCUGGAAAUACGUGUCAUACCGCUGGAAAUGCAUUUUAUACCCCCCUGAACAGAUGGAAAUAUUUCGCCAUCCCCCAUGGAAAUUCCUCCACAGUCACGCUAACCUCCCGUUAAGGCCUGAUUCCACGAUGGCGAAAUUAUUAGUGCGAAAUUGUGUCUGCGAAAUACGGAUGGUUGCGCGUGAGUGAUUCUAUUGAAUUUACUCCUUGGUGGAGCGAAAUUUUUUCUCACAAAGCCUAAUUUAGCUUUACUGGGUGUGCACUCAUUCAUUUCGCCGAGAAAAAGCCCGUGUGGAAUGAGACCUUUAGGAUUUUAAGCCCCUCCCCAUUGCAAUUCCACGGUUUGACUAAAUAUCUCCGCUCUCGGUGUUUAACUCUUACUUACAUUGAAAUGUAAUUACGCCCCUCGGUAUAUGCCUGUGAAGAAUCACGAGUUCGGUUGUUUCUGACAAAAUUAGUUUAUAUAGAUUUAUAAGAAUUCCUGCCGGGCAUGGAAUUGAAAUGCAGAGAUUGAAAAGUGUCCUUGACUUAAUUGAAGUGCUUACAAUCAAAUCCUGAACGAUUGAGAAAAACCUAUAACCGUCUGUGCGUUCGGUUUAAGAACCAAGUUAAGAGCAAUUCUCUUGUUAGUCUCCCUCGCAACGGCUCUUUCUGUCGUUCCACGAGCUCGUGGGGAGGAACGACGCAAAGAAAGGCUGCGAGGGAGACCUAAUCUCUUGUUGAGUAUAAACAUUAUAUACCGAGCAAUUGUGCACUCAACGAAAGGAAAGAAGGCGAACGUAUUUAAACAAUGUCAAAAACUUGACUUUAAAUGAUUUUUUAAAAACUCAAUAAUUCAUGAGGGACGGAAAGACAAAGGAAAUCACUACCGUGUCGGUAGAUUUGUAUGUGAUAAAAAAUCAUGUUCAUUUACAUAAACUUUCGCUUUGAUUUUCUCGGCUUAGACAACGUUUAUUUUUAAAAUUACUUCGCUAAUGAACUCAUCAGAUGGGUCGUUUAAGCCAUUUAAAACACUCGCAGACUUUUAUAUCUGAUAAAACACCCCUGCUCGUGUUUUAAAUAGUACAUAUAGGUCAAUUACGAUGUAUGAGUACAUAUUGGUAGAGUACAUAUUGCAUGUCCCAUCAUGCACCAUUAUUUUGUUCAAUCCUUAUUUGAGGGACUGGGUACGAGUCAGGGCUACUAUUCGAUGGAUAGCGCUAUCCAGCCUUCGUACAACCGGCCCCGUGAUUAAAAUUUAAAAAAUGCUUUCUCAAAUUACGAUGUUUGUGUUAAUUUUAGAGUAGAAAGAUGGACAUUUUCACUUUUAUUUGAAUACCGUGAAAAAUGUUCUUGUCGUAUUUUUUCCUUCCACAUAUUAUAUACCUGGUGUUGAUAUUUUAUACCUGCUGUUCAUAUUUUUCUUCUAGGUGGAGAAGGAGGGGUACCUUAAUCGAAAAUAUCAUGGACGGGUAAGGAUAAUUUACCAUUCCGGAAACCACUGGUCAUUCCGGAAACACUGGUCAUUCCGGAAACCACUGGUCAUUCCGGAAACCACUGGUCAUUCCGGAAACCACUGGUCAUUCCGGAAACCACUGGUCAUAUACAGCUUCGUGUAUGUGACUUUAGUUAAAGCUCAACUUCUCAAUCAUGGAAACGAGGCUCUAUAGCGAAGACGUGGAAGGGUGUAUUUCAAGGCUUUUUCCGCACAUGUAGCCACAUAGUGUCUCAAAGAUGGCCCUGAAAUACAGGCUGAUAUAUAUUUUUCUUUCUACAGCGGUCUUGGAAACAGGUUUAUGUUGUCCUCAAAGCUCAUAUAAUGUAUAUUUAUAAAGACAAACCAGACCAGGUAACUACCAAAAUAGAUCAUAUUAUGAGUUUCUGUAGUAUUUUUAGUCGCCGGACAAACUGCGACUGCAAAUUAUCUCAGAUGUCGGGUGUCAGGUUUUUCAGCCACAAAUCAACCUCGUAUCCAGGCCUUCUGCGCUUGUUUAACACAGUGAGCUCCAUAUAUAUCUGGAGUGAGAACAGUUUCAGUCCCUUUCUAUUGUUUUUGUCUGUGCAUAGUUAAUAGAGAAGAUGGUUUGGAAACUCAUUAGCAUUACAAUAAAAUCACAAUAAACCUCAUUAUCUAUGUUGUUCGGGUUUAUGCAAAAAUGUGGUCUUUCAUCGUCACGUGCGUAUUGUAUUUUGCCCAAGUCAACCAAUAGGAAUGUUCAAAAUGUUCUGUUGUUAAAGUCACGGAUGGGCCACUGAACAAAACCGUUGCUAUUGGUUGGUUGAGCAAAAAUACAAUACGCACGUGACGAUGAAAGACCACAUUUUUGCAUAAACCUGAACAAAAACCUAGAUAAUGGGGUUUAUUGUAAUGCUAAUGAGUUUCCAAACCAUCUCCUCUAUUAACUAUCGUCUGCGCGGUUUGCAUGUUGUCUGCCGAAAUUUCGUACUUUUCGAGUUAAAGAAUAAUACUUUAUAUAAUAACUACAGUGAAACACGCAAUUUGAUUGGUCAAUAGCCGUGCAGGAUCAGGCUAUCCUGCACGAGGAAUUAAAAUGCCUUUGCGGGAUUUUCGCGGGAUUCUCAAAAUAUCAUUGUUUCACUGUAGUUAUUUUAUAAAACAAUUACCAAAUGGUUUUCCAAGCAUGCAGGAUAGCGUGAUCCAUGCACUUGGGAUGUUGCUCGACUUUCGGAAAGCGUAAAAAUACACUCGCCUGCGGCUCAGAAUUUUUACGCUUUCCAAAAGUCUCGCGACAUCCCUCGUGCAUGGAUCACGCAAUCCUGCACGGAAAACCAUUAGGUAUUCCUUUAAUGGUUUUAUGAACUGAUAACUUGAUUAGCGAUCCGCUCCGUUAGAAAAAACUGGAAUUAGCUGCGUGGGAAAAUGGUAUUAAAACUGUUUUCAACCUUCAUAUUGGACGUGAAUUCCGCCAUCUUGGCUUUUAUUUUCUUAUUGGGCUCUAGCAAGUGACGUCACAACACGUGUUUGUUGACUUUGGCUGGCGAAUUAAAAAUAGUUCAUUAAAAGAAAACAUGGCGUCAUAGCAAGAUCGACUGUGGCACUGACUGCGAGUACGUAGCACGAGCGGUAUUAGAAAUAUUUCGCCAAACACAAGUGUGAUUUUUCAUUAAUACUUCGAGAACAAGUGUAAUUUCCUAUUAAUAUCAUUUUAUAGUCAAUUUUACACAAGCAAUAGACCUUUCCCCUUUUUAAGUGAGAUUUUGAUCUAGACAAGUCUGGACAAAAAUUUCAUCACAGCUUGAAAAAGCAUCACAAAAUUAGUAAUAUUCCAAAGUUUCGUUGCGAAAUGUUGUAAAAUGCGGAUAAUAUAGCCUUUGCGGGAAAUUGAUAAUCAGAUGACCAAACUGAUUAUCAAUUUCCCGUUUGUAAUACAAAAUGGCUGAAAAACGGCAAACUUCGCAAGGCUAUAUUAUCCGCAUUUUACAACAUUUCGCAGCGAAAUUUCGGAAUAUUACUAAUUUUGUGAUGCUCUUUCAAGCUGUGAUGAAAUUUUUGUCCAGGCUAGUCUAGAUCAAAAUUUCACUAAAAAGGAGAAAGGUCUAUUAGUAAUGUUUAAUCGGCGUUUUGAACCAAUCAGAAUCGAAUAAAUUGACUAAAAUGAUAUUAACCCAUAAACCUUACCAUGCAUAGUAUAUAUAUGUAUAUGUAUAUAUAUAUAAUAUAUAUAUAUAUAUAUAUAAUAUCUAUAUAUAUAUAUAUAUAUAUAUAUAUAUAUAUAUAUAUAUAUAUAUAUAUAUAUAUAUAUAUAUAUAUAUAUAUAUAUAUAUAUAUAUAUAACAACGAACAACGUGUGCAAUCAUGCAUGCGCAAGCAAACAAAACCAAACCGUCAAAUUUAGUUAACAGAACUUUAGUUGUCCGAAGAUUGUCUGUAAACUCAGGCAUGAAACUCUGAGUAACAACGUUUGUUUUGUACUUUAUUUCAUAAAUAAUUAAAUAUAUAUAUAUAUAUAUAUAUAUAUAUAUAUAUAUAUAUAUAUAUAUAUAUAUAUAUAUAUAUAUAUAUAUAUAUAUAUAUAUAUAUAUAUCGACAAAUGGACUCUGUAGCUCAGUUGGUUAGAGUGCUGCACCAGAAUCGCAUUCGAUUCCUGCCAGAGGGUCUAUAGUUGGUUUUUUCGCAGCUGCUCCUGGUUAGGUCUAAAUAACUGUAUUUACACUCGAAAAUGUUCAUCUACAAAUGCUGUCUAUUUAUACUGACUCGUGACCACAUGCUUUGUUUCUCCAGAUGAUCUCAAGUGGGCAGGACGAGAAACCUAUCAGUAUAAAAUCCUGUAUUGUUGAUAUUGCAUAUGAUUAUCGCAAGAGAGAAAAUGUCUUCAAACUUACUACGUACAAUGCCUCACAGUAUUUAUUUCAGGUACCGUAACUACUAUUUAUACUUAAAUAAUAAUAUAUAUUUACCUAGAUAAUUUGUAGAAAAAGUCAUGCUAUAGUAUAGUCCGAUUAAACUUCUAAACAAUGAAUGAAAUAUAGCAAGAUGGCUAAACAUAAACGUCUGAGUUAAGUAUUUAAGUUAAUAUUCAAGCCGAUCUUUUCGUACUGAAUAUAUAUAUAUAUAUAUAUAUUCUUUUAUCAAUAACCCUUAUUUUUUUUAAAAAACCCGAAUUAUGUUACUACUCGUAACAGUAUAAUCAUAAAUGUUGCUAAAUGAUGAAUAUUUUUUGGUUCAAUAUAAUAUGCAUAUUAAAUUUCCUUCGACCAGUUUCCUUCAUAUACAUAGUACAAUCAGUAAUGUGACAUAUAAGCCGGUAUAUCGGCAUAUAAAAAUAUACUGUAUAUAUUUCUAUCGUCCAGUCAAAACAGUAAAUUUGCCUUUUAAAUAAAAUGUUAUAUGCAGAUUCUAUUGUUCAGUCUAUGCAGUGACGGACACUUCGCGAUAUAUACAUGUAGCUAACUUUUGUUCUUGGAAAUCUUAUAAUUCUUUAAACCAUUUUGCUUUAAAUUUCAUGCAAUAUAUAACUGAAUUUAUAACCUAUACCGAUGCUUUCAUGAUUGAAAAAUUAUUGUUACAGCUUUGUUACACGUAUACAUAUAUAUAUAUAGUUAUUCAGCGAUCAUUCGAAGGCUUUCUGACCGCACCUGCUACCCCCCCCCCCCCCCCCCCCCCCCCCCCGGCUUCCCGUAGUGUACGCCACUGUUUCAGUCACAAGAAGCGUCUAUAGCAUGCAUAGGCUACAUUUAUCUUUAUAUAGAACAAAUUACUUUAAUUGUCUUUCUCUGUUUCCGUUUUCCGCAUUUUUUCCCCGUUCCACUUACUUGACGAACAAGAGUAAAAUUGUCUGAAACAAUAUAAAUGCGCUGACAAAUGAACAUUCUUAAGAUUCAGCUGUCAAACAAAAGAGAGAUUGACAGCAUGUAUUGUAGUCUGUUGGAAAUAGAAUAAAAUUCUCGAAACUUUUAUUCAUAUAGCGCAUGUAAUUACUAUAUAUAAUAUUUAUGUACAACAUUGUACCUAUAUACCGAUACUCACUUUUUUGUUAGCUAUGCUACCUGCUAGGUAAACGCGCAAUUAACACAUGCAGUAUGUUAUAUCCAUAUUAGCAUAUACCUGCCUUAAAUUGUAAAUGUGUUUAAGGUAAAACUAAGUAUCUUAAACACGGGAAAUUUGCCUUGCGACAAUGCUACGGCAUAUAUAAUGAACACUUUCGAUGUAGGGCUAUUUGGUUCACUAAGCUAAUGUCCAAUCUUAGGCUCCAUAUAAGCAAUACCCAUCAUACCUUGCGUGCUCAAUGUUUAAGGUUCUAUAUAUUUUGGACGGAUAAUCUUUUUUGGAUUGGAAUUAGUAGAAAUUCCUACCCAACCACCAAUGGUAUCAGAAUCCUAGUGGGGGAGGGGGCGUUAAUUUCUAGAUAGACUCUAAAACAGCAUUUCUUGCAGUAUGAGACUAUUGUUCUGAAGAAAAAACAUAACGGCUAAGAAAGCAACAUAAGUUCACAAAACAUGUCUUGAAAACGCGUUUGUUCGUGCACGUAUUCAGCAUAAAUAAUUUAUUUUCAUUUCAUCGAAGUGGACUUUAAUACUGCCCACACAGUAUGUGGAUGCCUUCAUGUCACAACUAAGAAGAUAAAUGUUUCUGCAGUUGAGUAAACAUUUCGUGGGUGGAAUAAUUUGACUGAACUUGGCCUCCUCACAAGCAUUGAAUUAUUGUUAGUUAUUAUUUGUAAAUAUAUCCCAAUAAUUUUAUCAAUUGUCGUCUAUUUUUAAUUAUUCUUCCAUUGCAUGGUUUUUGUUGCUUUUAUUGUUUCUUCAUUUCCACCAUAUAAUUCAAUUACUUAUUAAUUCCAGAUUAUUUCAAAACGUUUUGUUUCUGACAUGCAUGAGUCUAAUAUUCAUGACCAGUAUGGCGGACACUUCACGACUGAAUAUUGAGGGGGAGGGGGCGAAAUUUUCAACAUGAGGUGUCGGUGUCCGUCUAAGGCUUGAAGUUAUGCGAGUCUUUCAGAACAUGGAUCACUUGAUGAAAUGAAUAAGAGUCCCGAGUUGUGCCAUUUGACUGACAUUAGAUACUUUUUCUAAGAUAAUAUAAAUUAAUCAUGUCGAUUAGUGUUGUUGUUUAAUGUACAGUUAGAACUAUCAAUUUUAAUGGUUUAAAAUUUUUAUCAGUAGAGCUGUAAGGAAUCCUACACUGAACAAAACCGAUUGUAUAAAAUGCGUAUGUUUUGGCAUCAUUAACAUGCAUUGUCAAGAUUCAUAUAUUGCUUGCUAUAUUGCUAUCUCCAUAUAAAGUUAUAAACAGCCGCUUUAUAGAAUACCUGAAAAAUUUCUCAGUUGUAACAGGAUUUAAUAUGACAAUUACGUUAUGUGGACCGGGUGUGAUUGCAUGCUUGCCACUUGCUCCUAAACAAUGCUUGUGAAUUGUGAUAUUUGGUACCAGACCUUUAGUCCCCGCCUCCCUUGUGUCCGCCACUAUUCAUGACAUUAUUUACAAUUCCGUUUCUAUUGACAAUUCUCAUAUGACUAAUUUACAUAUUAAUACAUUUUUCUUAAUAUUGUAUACCUCCUUUAACUUGUUUUAAGAAUGGUAAAGAUUCACCUUAAUAGUUGUGAGACAUGAAUUUGCCAAAAGACCUCAAUUUUAUGUAAAAAUGAACAUUAAAUUUAGCUUAGCAAACCGCAGUUGUAAUAUAGCUAUAAAACAUGGAGUGUUGCGUGUACUUGAAUUGUUAUAGCAGUUCUACUUCUUCAUUACAGCUAUUUAGUUGAAUAUGAUCUGUCUGCCUACAUUAAGAUGGAAUUGUUGAAAAACAUUUGGACCUAAUAUGUGUAACAUAACUAAAAUUUAAAGCAUUGUGUAUAUUUAUUUUUCAAAGAAACUAAUAACUUGUUUAAAGAGGCAGUUUCACUAUUAUAUCAUAUAAGUGGUGUCCAGCCUCAGAGAUGUUUGAGUACACGUGAUUGUGAGACAUUUGUACAUGAUUCAAAGUACAAGAGACCUUUGCCAUGUUAGGUAAAAUUUGAAUCGCAAAGAAGAUAAACCUUCAUUCAAAAUUCAUCCAACAUGCAUGGCAACGAUAUAGCUCUUUGUUGUUACUUGGAAUGCUCAGGCUCUAUAUGCGUAGGCUUUUACGUAACUGCACACAAAGAAUACAUCAAAGACUGUAAUUAUGGACGUAUAAAGCAAGGCAUGCUUCAAAUACCUUAGAAACGUGCUUUGAAUAUCUCAAGAAUUUACAUAUUUUUCUGGGCGAGAUGCCUUAUCAAACUUUUCUAUAUGUUGCUACUUUACUGUAUUAGUUUAUUGCAAGUUAUUCUGCAAUCAACAGUGUUUUUUCUCCAGUGUUGAUUGCUUGUGUGCAAUCGACGCCAUCUUAGUUGAUUUUCGUGGCAACUAAAAAUCUAUAUUCCUCAUUCUUUGUCGUAUUGUGCCAGAAAUCGUAAACUAUCCAUGAUACAGUAAGAUGUUUUCAAAACAAAUAAAAAAUAUUAAAGUAAUUCAAUUAUUUCGAUGUAAACGGCUGGACAAAACUUUAAAAUCAACCAAGAUGGCGCCUAAUGACACGUAGUGACGUCAUGUGCAAGCAAAGAAUAGUGCAACACGUUUUCGACUGAAUAAAAAUCUAAUGCACGUAGCAAUCAGUGUAAAACUUAACGUUAAAAUUGAAAUUAACUGUAAGAACAAAGUUAACACGAUGUGCAGUACAUUUUUGGUGCACAAAAUGCAAUCGUUUAUUGUUGGAAUUUAAAGCAUUAAUUCUGCUCCUGCUCUCUUUGGCAACUAUGAGACAAACAUUAAUUAUAUGUGGGAGUGCAGGAAACAUCAUAGGACAUUUAGGAAGUCCAACAGCAUAGGCCUCGGGUGGGUUUUAUUACCGACAGAAUACUAUUUCCUGCAUUUAAGUAUACUAUUUAUAUAUAAUAGCCACAAAUGAGGUAUUUUAACUGCAAGCAUGCACGUAAUUUUGAUGUUUUUUGAUGUUUUAUUCAUUUUAUUAAUUUAUCAGAUUCAUUAUCCCUCCUUCCUCUAGCAGUUUUAUUGAGCGCAUGAUUGGUUUGAUGAAAACGUGCAUGAGGCACCAUGUUCCCCAUGCGUGAUCUUGCUUCUCAGUCAAUGCAAAUAUGAUGGUACUCUAUAAAUAUACCAGAAAGGGACAAGCACUUCAACGUUAGUUUUUAUACCGAAAAUUUGAAGGCUUUGAACAAGAGUAUAGGAGUAUAAUUGCUUGGGAACCAUUCAAAUGCAGUGCAACAUACAAUGGAGUGCAACAUCAAAGCUUCGGUUGAAUAGACCUUACCGAUUAUUCUCUUUUACCCAAUGGCCUCGUUUUCAUGUCAAAUACUUACUCAUGUUUUAUGCUUAGUAGGGUUGAAAAUUACUUUGUUAUUGAGCCUGAGAACAGCAAGAAACAAAUUCGUCCAGGAAAACAUGGGAAUAUAAUCUUUAUCUGCCCCUGACAUGCUAAAAUAAUUUAACAUGGAAACGAGACCAUUGGGUAAAAGAGAAUAAUCGGUAAGGUCCAUUGCUUCAAAAAGCGCGAGAAAGCUUGAUUCUAUCAGUGGCCUCGGUCUGCUUUCACACUGCACUGUUUGUACGUCACUGUCUUGUAGCGUUGUCCAAUCCUCUUCAUUUUAACUGAACUAGAAUUAAUUAGAACUACUUUUAUACCUUUAGCUCCAUACACGAAAAUAGAAAUGACUACUCGAUAGCGAGUUGCAUAUGAAUUUAAUUUCCUAUUUGCUGUCAUGGGAUUGCAUCCCCAGGCAGACGAAUUGGUUUAUAAAGCAUUUUAAUUAAGUAGACAAUACGUAUACAAAUCAAACUUGGGGGGCCGUGGUUUGUGUCUGAACUACCUGAAUAAUUAAAACACUUGACGUUUUAACAUUCGAGCGACGAACCUUCGUUAGAGUGAAGGCAGUUCCUAACUGUUACUAAGGAAGGGUAUUCGUAUGAAACGUCGAAGUGGUUUAAUAUUAGAGAGUGUGAGCAAGAGAACCAAGACGUACUUGACAAUUUUUCCUUCUGCGUAUUAUCUUGGGCAUACCGAGUUUAGGGUCAGUGGUGAUUGCUCAACGAAGAUUGGUGGUUCCCCUUACCCCAACCCAGACAAAACAGCGAGACAUGAGUCCAUAUGCCGUCUUCGUUCUGCUUUCGUUCAGAACGGAUAUGUUGGCAAAAUUCGUCGUGAACUUCGUUCUGAACGAAAGCAGAAGAACAAAGACGGGAUAUAGUUUCAUGUCUUGCUGUUUUGUCUGGGUCAGGGUAAGGAUUAGGGUCAGGGUAAGGAUUAGGGUCAGUAUUGAAUCUAUAACGAGAAGACCUGUUUAGGAACAACCAAUGACCUCAAACUCAGUAUGCGCAGAUAAUGCGCAGACGGGCAAAAUUGAUAAGUACGUCUUCGUACUUCGUUGUCUCGCUCAAAUUCUCUAAUAUUCCGGGUAGUUCAGACGUACGUUUGUGCAUAUAAUUAUGUCACACAAGUAAGUUGAAAACCAUCCACUACUUGAAAACCAUCCACUACAUCGCGCUAGAACAUGCAUGUCGGAACUGGGUGCACCUCAUUCCCAACAGGAAGAAGGGAGGGCGGAGGUAUGCAAAAUUCAUUAUCACCUGUGGCUGUGCUAAACAAAUGUGUAUGAAUAAAAGUAUAGAACAAUUUUAUGAUGAUGAGGCCCGUUUGUGCCAAAUGUGGUGGCUAGUGCAAAUGCGCUCAAACAUUGAAUUCGGGGCAUCAAAAGUGCAUGUGACGUCAGAAACAUGUCUGAUUGUCUUCGAAAAUGUUGUAAAUGUGUAGCAACUACACGGCAUCUCAUCGUGAUCUACAUGCGUAGAAUUCCAAGAAGGAGGGCUUACUCUUUGGCGAGACCUCCACCCUCCUCCCUUGCUCUUUCAGUUGUUCCUGCGUAAGAACAUUGUUAAACUGCUAAAGUGCAUACGUUAACUGAGCUCAUGUAUUAAUACAUCAUGUAAAUUUCAAUUAAGAAUUCUUACCGAACGUGGCAAUGAAAUGAAAUGAAAUUGUAGUUAGGUUCAACAGCAAGUAUAAACCUUCAGAGUGUUGACACAAUGAUGCAUAAUGUGUGAAAAUCAAAGGCAACCUGUUUUUCAUUUUCAUGAACAAUGUAAAUAUUUCACAUAAUCUCCCUAAAUGAACUCCAAACCCUUGGAGAGAAUGUGGCACGGCUAUCGCGUGACUCGGUCACGUUUGAGCUGCGCCCUUUGCAAUUCAGCACUCAGCUACACUCUGCUGAUUGCCACUUCCUACACCCCAUAUUAAAAAAUGGAAUCCUGACUGAGUUCGUCUGAGACUGAGUGGUUUGGGAAUUCGGGAGACGAUACAUCAGGUCAUGUAUUCAAAUCAAUGCAGGACAAGUGACUAUAUACUGACCUGAUCUUAACCUAACUUGAACAUGCCAAAUAUGACAAUUAUUAAUGUAUUUUAAUAGUAGGAUUACUGUAUUUGCUUUUCUCUUAAUCUAUAUCUAUUUUCACUUUCAAUUAUUGCUGCUAGAUAACCAAUUUCUUAUCUAGUUGUGUUCAUUCAAAGCAUGCUUGACUAGGCAAAGGUGUAAUAUCUUGAAAUUAUUGAUAUUGUUGCCUUGAGAUACGAUUAUGCGUGGGGGUCCAGGACCACGCGAACUUUUGAUCCAAGUAUGUCAAGAAUUUAGAAUAGCUAAUGAUUUAUACUCUCAACCCCUUGAAACUUCACAGUCGCUGACUAAGCUCUAAGAAAACAUUGGGUUUGUUUGGCGGUUAUUAUGAAGUAAUGCGACUGUUGGCACUUCACUGCAAGUAUGACUCCCUACUGAGUAUUUUAUCUCUAAACUAUAGUUUUACUAUAGGUAAAAUUUGUAUAUGUAAAUCUACGUAUACUGUAUAUAGUUUUAUUUUGUAUAAUUGCCGCGUGUGUCUAUGAACCGGUUUACAUUGGAAAUUUGCCCACGGCAAUUUUUUUGUGUACAUACACGAUUGCCUUGGUCAAAUCAAUAUGUACCAAUAAAUCUUAGUGAUAAGUAAGCAUCAGGAUCAUGGAGUGAUGGUAAAAGAAUUUGAAUUAGCACAUAGCCGAUCAUUCUUAUGGCGAGGGUUAAAUACAAAGAGCCAUACAGGAAAGAGUUGUUUUGAUCAGUUCAAAGAACGGGAAGUAUUAACCUACUUCCUACUAAUAGGGUCUUCGUAUAGGGAGUUUAUGUUCGAGUUUAUUAACUCACAAUGGCCUUGGUGUUACGGAGGUGUGACAUGCGUUAGCAGUAUGGCGCUGUAAUGAAAUGUGACAUGUAGAAUAUUAAGUGAAAAUCGUAACAGUGAACAUUGCGAAUAUUUCUCAUGAUUAAACAUGAAAGAAAAGAAGUCAGAUGGGAUGAAGCAGCACUCUGCUUCAGGAUGGAAGGUUUUUACACGAACGACUUUCUUUCAGGCUAAAGAUAAAGAUGAUAUGAUGUCAUGGAUUGGAAUAAUUCAGAAGAACAACAAUCCGGAUGAAGAUGUAAGUUUGUGUUUGAAAACUUUCGAAUUUCAACUCUUAAUAUAUUUAAACUCGUGCUUGUAUAACGAACAGUUGGGCGCCUGGAUCAGAGCCCAAUUUUCUAGCCUUGUUUCUAUUUCGUUAUGGCACUCGUCAGCAUGUCAAGGAGACCAAUGUUAUAGAGUGUUGAUAUAUCUUUGCAAUCAGCAAAGACUGAUUUACAUACAGGACAUACAGGCAGCAUCCAAAACACAAAACAGAUCCAGAAGACCAGAAUAACGGCGACCAUGACUUGGUGACGACAGCUGAAACAAAAUAGAAAUCCCUGAUUAGUCUGUAGUCUGUUGUCUACGAACCUACAACUAAAAUUUCUUCCCAUAAUCCUGGAGAACGACCUGUCGACCUCUUUAUUGUAUAUUUUAUAUAUGUGGUAGAUCAUUAACACCAGUAGUCUCCUUUCAUCUUCCGAUCAAUGUUGUAAAGUCACAAAAUAGCGAUAAGGUCAGGACAGCAAUCAUUGAUGGGUAGGAGGUUACGAAAUCCACUACUCUAAUUUCUCAUGCAUAUUUUGAACAUGAACAGUACAGCAGGAUAACUUUACCCUCCCUGCUAAGUACUACUUUGUGAGGAUAUUUACCCUAAUCUUAACUGCAUCCUAACAUAUCCAAAUAUCCAUGCUAUAGUAUAGCACAAGCUCUUUAUUGGUAGAGAGCUUGGCUUACGACAUUUGUAUUUGCUCACAGAUGUGGUGUAUGGUUUAAUGAAAUACAUCGAAAUUGUGUGAUAUUCGUCUCCUCUAGGUAAACGUCUGACAGUUGAAGAGUUUUAAGAGAACUGUUGUGUUCUACAUAGACAAUAGUUUGUAACAAAAUGCUUCGAUUUGUACAAAUCAAUAUGUAAGAUUGUAAGAAACGGUUAAGUCAAUGCAAAUAGACCCAUGACCAUACUUGUUUGACUCUUGGCGACUUAUGGACGACUUUCAUAAGACUAAGUUAAACAAAAGAGCCUAAAGAAAAAAGGUGUAAAUAGAAAAAAUAUUGCGAUAUUCUGAAGAAUCUGAGGUUUAAUUAAUCAUUUUCUGUUUGGCAAUAUAUAUGCAUGCGAUGACUAGCGUGAGAUAUUACUCAGAUGUUUCCGGGGGUAGUAAGCUGCCCUAGACCUUGUCCUUACUCACGCUAAAGUACAAUAUGUACAGUACUACAUUUGUGAGAAUCAAUCUGUCAACUGUAUAUGAAGCACUCUUAUCGAAUCUUAACGAGUUCAAAAUACCAACUACAUGUGUGAAAAAUACAUGUGAUCUCGUUUUAUUUAAAUAUCAUAAACUGAUGUUUGCGAUGUCGCAACAACUCACUACAUGAUAGGGCACACAAUGUUUGAGAUUUGAAAUACUUGGCUAGACUACCGUAUUAUAUAAAUGCGCGGUCGUCGUACACGCCAAAUACACAUUCACAUGAAAUUCAAUGACGUACAUGACUAAGCGGUGUUCUGGCCAAGUAUUUAUUGCGGAUUGUGUUAUCUGAUACUUUCUAACGCUGUGUGUCGCGGAUGACAAGAAGACAGCCGCUUCAUAGCAUUUUGGGAUUCGUUAUGUAGUUUUUUUGGUUGCUCAGAGUUACCAUAUGUUGUUGAGGUAAUGUUGUUGAAAUGUUUCCUGUUUGAUCUUAAUGUUUCAAACAUUUUCUUUGUUUCAUGUUAAAUGUUUGUUGAUAGUUUACAAGCCCAUGUAUAGUUGUUGUCACGAUCAAUGUCGUGAUGGCGAAUCACACAGGAAGUGUUGAAAUAUACAACUUUGAAAUCCAAAAGUUCAUACUUUAGCUUCGGGGAUCAUGCGUUUUCCAAAGAGUCGAAGUGUGCCUCGUAUGGUUGAGUUUAUAAGGCAAACCUCGUCGGUAACCCAUGUUGCCGCAAUAUGUCAACGAUUGAUCCACGGGCCGAUAUUAAAAUGUUUAAAAAUCGUUUUAUUGAAUGUUCUAGAGUAGCAUAUUUGGUGAUACCGAGAUCUUUGGUCAAAGUCAUCAUUUCUUUUUCUGGGCAAUAUUUACAAAUAUAAAUGAAGAGUGGGCACCGCCAUUUUUCGAGAUCUGAUUUUUAACCCCACUCACGGCAGGUCACGGACUAGUAAUCGCUAGCCGAGAACAAAUAUAUCAUCUGAAAUGAUUGUUUAAUUUUGUAGACAUUUGGUCGCACCAGUGAAGACCUUAUUGUUAGACGGAAAAAGAACAUGGAUAUUGAAAUAUCAAGGUAUAUUUUUUAGUUGAACUUGUCUUAAAUAUGUAGCGGUUUUGUCGAGGACAAAGUUAAUAACUUUCUUGACAUAUGUCGUGAGUUCGAAAGAUUGUUGCGCUUAAUGUAAGUUGAUAUCGUUUAUUAGGAACAUUUGUCCACAUUGCGGGGUGAUAUGGAAAUAUUUUCUACCAUAUUGAUGAUUUGUAUUUAUUCUGAUAACAUACGUAAAAAUCAACAGGGCACGAUUAUUAAAAUAUUGACCAUAGAUCAUUCACCCCUCUAGGACUGCUGUGAUCAGUGUUAUUCGAAGUUCGAGUUUUCUGUUUUAAAUUAACGACAUGUCGAUUGUUUCUAAUUAUUUAUCUCAUCGCUCGCAAUUAUCAAGUACUCUAACAGACUGUAAUCUUUCGAUGCGCACUACCAAUUUAUUCCCAGGGGUUUUACGUGCGUGGUAAGAAGCCGGGUCAAGCAAGCUUAACUUAAUCUUUUUACCAAAUGCGCGCAAGAUCAGAAAGAUCGACUUGUUUCUGAGUAGCCGAAUAGGCGUGUAGGUUAUAUUCCGGCUUGGAGGUUUGCAAAACCGACGGAAAGAUGAGUGCACAUAUAUAUAGUAUGUGGUUAUCAUAGAAUGCAGUUAUCAGUCAGAUGAUCUGAUUUAUAGAUCAUAGAUCAUUUUGGCUAAAGCUAUUGUCGGGAUUUGAUCUGAUAAAAUACUUAAACAUUUUGUUGCUUGGUUAAGUCUAGACUCCCUGUCAAAUUACUCUGCCGUUGAUAUUUUUUUAUUAUUCCAUAUGUUGUAAUAAUUGUAAAUUUUCAAGAAUUCUUGUUUCCGCCGUGGUGAUAUCAAGAGUUGUUGAACUCAUAAUUGAAAUGAACGAUUAGUUUUGUUGUUUGUUAAUUCCGGAAAUAAUUUCCUGUAACGCUACAUGUCGUUUCGCAAUGCGGUAGUUUCUUAUCAUUUGCCGAGCUGUCACACUAAUACGGAAAUUUGUAGUGCCUUUCGUUCGUAAGAGAGUGUUGGAGUAGAAAUUAUAUUGCAAGGUUACUAAAGGCCAUGUUACACGAGGCUAUUUUUGCCGCAACUUGCAAAGCAAUUCCUGGCAUAGAGCCUGUGAGCCCGUUUUACUUGAUCUGUCGACAUUUUUUAUCAUAUUUAUUUCACUUUCACUCUCUUAAGAGUACGUUAUGUAAAGAAGGUGUCGGCGUAGUGGAAUGUGGGCCAUGCUCGCAGUUUCCAUGUAUGUGACUCGGGUUCGCACAAAACUUGAAAGUCCUUGAAUGUCCUUGAAUUUGAAAACAAAAAUUCAAGGCCUUGAAUGUUUUGGAAUUUGUGAAGAAGUACUUGAAAGUCCUUGAAUUAUUCUUGGUUAAUAGUUUAUGCAUAUUUUCUGAAAUUGUUUGACAUUCAAAAACGGAUAUUUUGUUGAAUUGAUUUUGCAAUUUGCAUCUGACAAAGCUGUUUGAAAUUCAUUAAAAUUGCGAUUUGAACAAUUCAACGUCACAUUUUACUGAUUUCUAAAGCCUUCUCUUCAGUAUUUAGUGCUUGAAUUUGUUGAUACAUGGCCUUGAAUGGCCUUGAAAAGUCCUUGAAUUUGACUCUCUCUGACAUGUACGAACCCUGGCACUGACUAUACUUUUCAGAUAACACAGCUCUAUGUCAGAAAUCAGCAAAUAUUGCCUCGUGUAACAUGGCCUUAAAAGGAAGUACAUAUCAACAGGCAUAUACUUUGUAAACAUAUUGUAGUCUACAGGUACAGCACCACAUGAUAUUCAAUCAUAGAGUACGGUAAUGGUUUCUACAGCAUCAUACAAUACAGUACCUAGCAGAUCAAUACACUGCAAAGCAGUACAGUGCAAAGCAGUACCGUGCAAAGCAGUACUGCACAGUGUAACGAAAUACAGUACAAUACAGUACAGUAUACAGCACCAGUAUACAGUGCAGUGAAGCGCAGUACAGUACAGUACAGUACAGUACAGUACAGUACAGUACAGUACAGUACAGUACAGUAUACAGUACAGUAUUAGUAUACAGUACAGUACAUUAUACAGUACAUUAUACAGUACAGUACAGUACAGUACAGUACCUAGCAGAUCAAUACAGUGCAAAGCAGUACUGCACAGUGUAACGAAGUACAGUACAGUAUACAGUACAGUAUAGUAUAGUACAGUACAGUACAGUACAGUACAGUACAGUACAGUACAGUAUACAGUACAGUGCAGUGCACUACAGUAUAUAGUACAGUACAGUACAGUACAGUAUAUAGUACAGUGGAGUGCAGUGCAGUGCAGUGCAGUGCAGUCAAUGGUGAAAAGAAGAUGUUUCCCAAAAAUUAUUUUAUUCAUUAUAAAAGACAAUUAAUUAAAGACAAUUUUCGAAUUUAAUGUUUUAAAAUGACAUUUUCACUGAUAUGGACAUUUUAAUUUGCUGAAACUUUCAACGAACCAGCUGUAAAUAUUAAACAAAUAUAAAAAUAAUCUUUAAGACGAGUAAAGUCAUUUUGGUAAAGAAGAAUAAAAGAAGAUAAAACAAGAUUUUUAGUCUAAUACAAAUCUUCUUUUAUGAUAAAAAAAGAUUAAAGAGAAUGAUUAGUCUAAUACAAAUCUUUUUUUAUGAUAAAAGAAGAUUAAAGAGAAUGACUAAGAGAAGAUAUGCCAUCCUCGUAUCACUAAUCAAGUUCAAAAAACUGUUGUUGUUGAGUAUAUCUGUGCAUUUUAUUACGAAGUCCUGACCUGAUAUGGAGAAAGUAUAUAUUACUUAAUAGAAUGAGGAGAAAAUAAUUAAUUACCGACUACUAUAGACUUUGGUAACAUGAAACCUGGAUAUUUCUAAUGGAUCUCAUCCUAGAUUUACGUCGGCCUUUUGUCCAGAUUUACGCGACUAAAGUAGUAGGUGGAUUUUUGAACUUUAACACUUUUGUUGACUUUCCGCGUUUUAUUUUUUCCCAAACGUGCCACCUGAGAAAAUUGUGGACGUGGGUCAGAAUUUUGUAGACCAGGCCGUGGAUAACAAGUAAAACAACUUCACCUCCUGUGCUUAUAUAUGAAGGUCUUAAACAGUUCUCUUACAAUUGUCCCCAGCUAUUAAAAACCAGGUUUUCACACAGGUCGUAUCGCUGAUCAAGGUUUUAGAACUUCAUAAAAGCAUAUAUUAUUCUGUAAAUGGAAGUCAAAAGACGAAAUAUAGUAUUAGUUUGCAGACUCGUGUUAACUGCGCAGACUAAUACUACUGUACGGGAUUGGCAUUGGACCGUCAAUUUCCGCCAUCUUUCGCUUUAUGUUUUGCAUGCGAGUUCUUACUCUAGAAUCCAGAUUUAUGUAUAUGGAGUUCACUGUUGGCCCCUCCCUGGCCGCCACUGGUUGCAUGGUUACACUUAUUCCAAAACUAAAUGGGGGGCAUAUGAUUUAAAAAAACAAUUAAAUUUUCACAAGUUCUUUUUCAGAACUAAUUUCCCAAUACAUCAUCACUUAGAUGUGCUACACCCUGGAGCAGUACUUUGACCUACGUACGUGACAGUAAUCUGAUAUCGAAGAUUCCCAUUAUUAUAUUUGCGGCGAUUUAAAUAUGAAUAAAUUUGUUUACGGAUUUUUAAAUUCCUCCGGAUUUUAAUCAGAUUUUUUCAGCCAAAAGACAAUCUGAUGUCAUUUUAAAUAUGAUUUAAAUAUGAACAAAUUUGUUUACGGAUUUUUAGAUUUCUCCGGAUUUUAAUCAGAUUUUUUCAGCCAAAAGACAAUCUGAUGUCAUCACUUAUUAAAUACCAGAAAUGAAAAACACAGGUCAAAGUUACAAAUAACAAAGAGUUCCGAGGUGACAAGCGUUAGUUAUCUUAGCCGUCAACGUUUUCCAAUUUUCAUUUUUCAUAUAUAAUGAAAGCAUUCUCAAGUCACAGGAACAUAAUUAUACAAUACAUCUGAACAAAAUAAAGCUGCACGAUUGAUUAAUUUGCCGUAAAUUAUUAAUGAUGAGAUCUUAGUUUGCUCUUCAUGAGGUGUUUCAUUAGGAAUGUUGACAUUUUGAAAUAUAGUCCCGUUAUUUAAUACAGAGCUUAAGCAAGCGACAUUUUUCAGUGACACUACACUACCUGCAUAAAGAUCGAGCCGUUAAAAAUGGCGACAGUUGAAAUGACGGAAAUCAAUACGCGUAACCUGUACGCAAUUAUCUUAUACCUAUGUCGUCGUGUUGUCAAGAACGUCGUUUGCUUAAGCUCUAUAUUACCCCCGCCCACCCCCCCCCCUCCGUUUGGAAACAGAAGUGACCUCAAAGAGAGGAAGGGAAAGAAAAGAUUUUCAAAAGCUGGGUAUUCUCUACUUCGUCAAUUUUCAUUUGUUUUCUUCAGACCUCCUCUUGUUUGCGGACGAAAUUUUCUCUUCCAAAAUCCGAUAGGGGAAGAAACCUGCUGCUAACUAAACAAACACCCUGAGAAGCAGUAUCUUUGGUUACUAAUUGGAUACAGUCUUCAUACAGACAAUUACAAGAAAUAUAAGAAAAAGCAUGCUCGAUACAUCUUGUCAUAUGAGUUGUUCGAAAACAAAACACAAAGUUCAAGGGGAUUUCUACUGAGAUUUCUUCCUGUUUUGCGUUUAACAACUUGAAUUUACAAGGUGAUACUAAUCAUACUACUAUGAGCAUGUUUUUCUUAAACCCUGUUUUCCACUUCAAUCGUAACGUAUCGUAGCAUUUUCUUUUGUGCCGAAAUCAUUAGUUCCAUUCUAGUGCUGAGGAAACAAAGAAACAUGCUACGUUUCGUUACGAUACGUUGAAGUGGAAGACAGGCUUAAUAUACGUACACACCGAACCCCACGUUUUAAUAUUAGAAUCACCCUAUCCGCACUGUCUACAACCGUUUCGAAAACUAACUUUGUUUUUACUUAUAGCCAAACAACCAAUAAAGCCAUGCCUCCAACAUCAUUGAAGAUUGGUAAACCGACUUUGAAGAAAAGCUCGUCUUUCAAAAGUAACUCAGGAAGUCAAUCUUCAUUUAAGAUCAAGAAAGGUUUGUGUUUUUUGUGUGUACUACGACUGGAACGCUAUCUUCAAAUAUUGAUGCAAUUUUAAGAUCUGUGGGUAACCUACCCAGUCUGUCACAAGGAAGCUCGAGUGACAAAUACGGUUAGCGCGCUGCCGCUGAGUUAAGCCUGCUACACGGCUAAAAACGCACAGGUUGUUCCAAGUUGAUAUCGACAGGCGUGAACAAUGUUGUGCGGCCAACUAUGAACAAAUUGUCAACUAUGUUGUUCCAAGUUGUUACAGUUGAACAAUGUUGUAACAACAUGUUGACAAUACUGUUCAUAGUGGGCCGCACAACCUUGUUCACGCCUGUUGAUAUCAAUCUGGAACAAGUUGUUGAUUUUCUCAAUUUUUACGCGUGUACUGAAGAUCGAGAGUGGGGUAUUGUCAAGUAUGGGCUCGCUCUCUCUCACUGAAGAGCAAGAACUUCAGUCAUUUGCCCUAUGAGAAAAGUGAAGCCGGAAAUUGACGUCCAACAUUUGUGCAGGUCGUAAACGGUUUUAAUACCAUUUUCCCCAGCUAAUUCCAGUUUUUUUCUAACUGAUUGUAUUGCUAAACAAGUUUGAUGUUCAUAAACCCAUAGUAUUAUUCUUUAAGUCGAGGUCAAAAUCCGAAAUUUUGGCACACUCCUUGCAGACCGCGCAGAAAAACAAUAGAACAGAGACUGGAACUGACAUCCAAUAGCUCUAUCUUGGCUUCUCUUUUUAGCCUCGAGUUAUUACUCCAGGUAUAUAUGGAGCUCACUUUUGGGUUUUGUUACUUGAUGAGUGCAGGACAACUUAUGUAUAUUAAUAUAAUGGAGUACGCGUUGGUUCUCCUAUGUUUUUACGAUUUUCUCUUAGUAGUGCGAUUUCGUCCCUCAUCAAAAAUUAACCCUUCCACCUUAGCUGUGCUCCGCAUGAUUAUACAUGGGUCGUACAUGAGUGUCAGCAAGAGGGUCCUAGUAAGCAUUCGACUCGAUGUGAGUUGCGCGUCCUGCGCAUUCAGCUCUCAGCUGCAAGGAAAGAUGAUUAAACACUCCCUACUUUAUUUCAUUUACUCGGCAAUCUCGUUCCACGGGCCUUGUUUAAAAUGCGAGGAAGGGUGAACGCCCUGCCAUCGGUUACUACAUCCAAAAUUUCUGAAGUUUCUUUUGCUGUUAGCUUCUCUUUGCUGUUCCAACUUUGAAGUUUGAAUAUUCUUGGGGUAUAUUUUACCUUCUCUAUAAUAUGCUUAACUAUAUUUACGUUGAGGUGUAUUUAGCCUGACUUCAUCUCUGACUCAGGGAAAAUGGUAGCAAUGGUAGUGCUUGCCUUAAUUUUGUGAAAUGUGUCCAAAAGACUUUGUGUUCUAAACAGUAAAUGCUGUGAGUGAUGCGGGAUAGUCCUGGCACGAGAAACGUCUGUUGUUUCUUUGUUUAUUCCAACUUGUACUCCUUCUCCCUAUAUUCUAUAAUCCCCCUAUGUGUACUGCCUAGAUUUUAUAGUAAUCUCUAAAUACAGUCCCGAUGACAGAGCAAUGUGUCAUUGCAAAAAUAGCAAGAAGAUAAUAAUAGAAAGUCUCGAAGCCUAUAUCAUAUACCACAAUGUGCGUGCGCAUUUACACGUUAUGUCUUUGGAUCAAGGUUAUAAAUGACAUGCAUGGAAGGUCAAUGUCAACCAUGCAUUUUCUAUCUGACCUACACAUAGACCUUUGUGUUUUUUUUUGCACAAGCACGAUUAUAUAAGUGGCCGUCAAAAUAUUAUGCUGGUGUCCACACUACAACAAAAACGAUAACAUUUUUAAUUUUUUUUUCAGUCGGACGAUAACGUUAAAUUUUUUGACCAAUCAGCGCGCGUAUACAAAUUAUCGUUAUCGUUGUGCAGUGUGACCGGGCCUUUACACUUGCAAUUUUUGCUGCGAUUUUAGGUCAGAUUGUCUGCUAAUAUAUGUGAACGAGUGAAUGAGUUAUGAAUGUUCUGAUGAGAGUACAUCAUUGAUAUGUAGUACAUAUACUCAGAAUAUUCAUAACUUAUCUACUCCUCCUAUAAUAUUGCUUCUGACAGUAGUUCUGUGAUAGUGAAAUUUGUGAUAGCUGGAAUUUAUGCUGAUAAUUUUGUUUUCUGUUACAUAAUAUUGAUUCUGACAGUAGUUCUGUGAUAGUGAAAUUUGUGAUAGCUGGAAUUUAUGCUGAUAAUUUCGUUUUCUGUUACACAACAUUGUGUCUCCACACAUUGUAUAAGAGUUCAAAGAAUUUGCAUCCAAGCUCUUGCUGUCUUUUCUUUUUAUAUCAUUGUACAUUGUCACAGAGAUAGAUUUUAUGCUGAUUGUUUUAUUUUGUGAUACAAUAUAUUGUGUUUCCUGUCUCAAUAUAAAGAGUUCAAAGAAUUUUCCCACCACAUAUUUUGCAUUCAGGGAAGAUCUUACAUAUUCUUACUGUCUUUUUUUGUAUGAGAACGCGGCAUAUGCAAUGUCGCUAUGGUUAUAAAGUUGAAAUAAUAUUUACGUUUAAGCGGUCGAAAAGACAAAUCUAGUGCAGCUGAAAUGUGUUAGUUCGUCACCUUUGUACAGACAUAUAGAUAUGAUGAAUAUUUCAAAUAUUAUAUAAAACACGCAUGGAAUUUAAGUUGUACACGUGGCUUCAAAUUUCGAUAAAAUAUACUACUCUGAAAACUGUAACUUCACCUGCCUUAAAAGAAUAUCGUUAGUUGUUUUAAAGAUAUUUCAUGCGAUAUACUAUACAGUUAAAGAGAAGUAUAAGAUAAAUAUUCACAUGCGCACUUAUACAUGGACAAAGAGGUAUCAGUUAAUAGCCUCACAUUAUUUAUGCGCCUCGCAUUAUUUAUGCGCCAUUGAUGACAAGUCACUCAAUGGUAUGACGGAUCGUUGUUGUUUGCAGCCCAUUGAUUAUGUAUCUUGACUUCUGUACUCGAGAAAUGUGGAAUUUAUUUAGCCAUUCUCAAAUCAACUGUACCCAGUAUAGUUCGUCUGAUAUAACCAUUUUUCUAAGCAUGCAAAUUGUAAAUUAAUAUGUUUGUACAUUUUUAAUUUAUUUCGAAUUCAGUCGCUUUUCCUGGGUGUUCUUUUAGUUGCAUCAUCUAGUUAUUAUUCAGUAUUCAUUACUGGUAUUAUUUAUUCAAACGUUCUUCCUGCUAGCAGUUUCCAGUUGGCUUUAGCAACAGAUAUAAACGCAGUGACAAUGUAUUGCAAUGCAACAUGAAUAUAUUUUGUUGUUAGUGCCCCCAAGGGAGCUAGUCGUGUUGUUUUGAAAUGUUCUUUUAUAAACAAUUAACUCAUGUUGAUUGGAUCAGCUUGACUGAUUGUUGUCCUUCAUUCUUCGCUUUUUUGUCCAGAGGAUCUGGCUUCAUCUGCCCUCUCGUCUGCCUUCAAAUGAUAUCUAUUCUUAGUUUGGUGCUUGGGUUUUAAGACUGUUUCCUGUGUUAGAGUAACUCAACCGGAUUUCCGUGCUCAGAGGACACCGUCUACUGCGUUAUAUACAAGAGAACAUUCUAGCUUGAAAAUAUCGACACAAAUAUACAAUGAUGAUGAAAUAUAUUUCCAAACAAAUCAUCAAUACGAACUGUCAUGGUCUUGAGAUUUUCUAGCUAAAGAUGCUGUUUCAUUACCCUAAGUAAUCUUUGUGGAAAUGUCUUUUACUUCGGCGAAAUCGUUUUGGAACAAUGCGUUUACUGCCGGUAUAGUCGCAUUUGUAAUAGUAUUUGUAAACAUUCAUCGACAAGUUUAAAAUACUCAAUAGUGUUAAUGGCUUUGUAUUUCUCUUGCCAUAGCCAUCGAAGGUGACAGUGGCAAAGCAACAUGGCACAGCAAAGUUGUGAAUAAAGUAAGAAGAAUUGGAAAUCCCACAAACAAUCCUGUUCCUCAAUAUCAAGCACAAGGUAUGAUCAUCGUGUAUGUUAUUAUUUCAUGUUUAUCGAAACAAUCCCUAUAACAUUGGUUAUGGUUAAGAUGGCAUUGAGAGUGUUAAACAUUUAUGUUGAUAGCUCUAACGCCACCGACACCGUGUUAUUAAAUACAGACAUAUAAGGAAACACUCCAAUAUAAUUGUCUUCACGUAUAUAUUGUACUGAACUUUUAGUUUGGCGCUUUCAAACAAGAAAAUCAUUAAAAUCAUAAUUGAUGAUUUUCAACUGUUGUGACUUAUCUGUAAUGAAUGACAAGACAAUAUACUAAAUUUCUAUAAUCAUACUCAUAGCCGUGGUUUAUUCCGUGUCUUGCGACAUGUUUCGAUUUUUUGUGUCAAGCAAACAUUCGUAUCCGUCGCCUGUUGUUUGCCAGAACAAAUAGCUUUUUAAUAUUUUGCAAGUAAAAAAAAUAAUAAUUCAUGAAUGUGCGGAAAUAUGACAUGUAUUUUGAGUGUUGAACUGACAUCACGAGUGAGCAAAGCGGAACGAGUUACUCUGUUCAACACAUUAUAUAAUCAAUAUGAUUUCAAUUUUAUAUUGAUUUCCAAACUUCAGCCAUAUUCUAAUAUUUUCUUUGUUCCAUAUUCAUAACAUCAACACAGAAAUUUAGGACCAAGUAUGAACGUUCACUGUUAUAUAAGCUGAUAAACAAGCAAUAUCGUUAAACUUAUCUUCUUACAUAUCGUGUCUGUACAUGUUUUCGAAACUUUUCUCAAUGACAAUGCCAAUGGCCGAAAAAUCGUAGUCAAUGAUGAAAACAAGAAUUUAACUUUAUAGGGGAACAUGUUUUGAAACGUUGAAAUUGAAAAGUAACUUCUAGACUCCCAGGGAUGACCAUGCAUGCAUGCACUGGCUCAGAUUAAUCCAGAAUAUGAAAACUAAAUAAUACUGAUUAUUGAUCCUAAAAUUUCAUCAUUUAUUAUAAGUCUAUAUUAGCCUAACUUUUUCUAUGAUCGAUAUGCUAUCGUAAUAAAAGUGUGGUGUUAUAACCGGGUAUCGCUCGAUUAUUCUGCGAGCAAGAUGUGUAGCAGCUAUAUAUAUAUAAUAAUGACUUUAUCAACAAAGAAUUAAAACACAAACAAUUAAAAUAAUUUUCCAUAACUUUUUUAAAAAUUUUAAUUUUUCUUGUGUUUUAAUUUUUUGUUGAUAUCUUACUCACAGAAUGAUCACGAUCACUUUGGAUCGCGAUCUCUUAGAUUAUCACGGUAGCAGAUCGAUCAUAGAAAAAGGGAUAUACUUGUAAUUUCACCAAAUGGCAAAUGUUGAAAUUUUAAGAUCAAUAAUCAGUAUUUAUUUUCCAUAUUCUGGAUUAAUCUGAGCCAGUGCAUGACCAUCUCUGGGUGUCUAGAAGUUACUUUUCAAUUUCGACGUUAGACUUAGUCCUAAAUUUCUAUUUUGGUGUUAUGAAUAUCAACAAAGAAUUAAAACACGAGAAAAAUGAAAAAGUUUAGUUAAUGAAAAUUAUUUUGACAUUAAUAUUAUACUACAAUUAUUAUUUGUUGAUUUAGCUUUGUCUGUUUACUGUCUGUGUAUUUAUAUGAAGCCCUUUUUAAUCAGUAACAAACAUGUCGACAACUCUCAAAGUGUAGAGAUCGAUGUUUUUACAAAAAUAUGUUUCAGACGAAAUGUGUUAUGUUACUAUAACGUUAACACCCAGCAUUUUGUUGGAGCCGAUUACAAGUUCUGCUGGAUGCUUAUGUCGAAUAUAUUUUUCAAAUGUCAUUAUUCAUUAAAGACAAAGUGCAUCCGAAAUCAGCCAGACAAAUCCCAAAUCCCAAUGUGAUGGAAGUUAUAUUUUAUAUAAAGAAGAAAAAGUUGUUGCAAGCUUGCAGCAGAUUUGUUACAAGAUUGUUGCAACAAGUUAAUAUUUUCAUGACUGUUUAUUUCCAGCUUGGUAACAACUUUUUAUAUCACCCUGCAGCAGACUUGUUAUAAAAUAAUUAUAAACAAAAUGUGCAAACCAUUUGUUGUGAGAAGCUCACCAAUCUGCAACGUGUCGAGAAGCUUGCUCAAAGUCUGUUGCGAACACAAUUGUCGACACGAUUAGUACGCCUGUAUUUUGUUAAUGGCAUUUGGGAAUUUCGGUUUUGGACGAAAUUUUUAUUCUCCCUCCCCUUCGAUGCUGCCUGUAUUGUACAUAACAAAUGUACAAUAAUAACUACGUUAAUGUGUUUGAGGUGUUAAAUGUCUCACAUGUAUACCAAUCUAACGUUACCUACUUAAAACAUAUACUAAAGAACAUGUAGUUUAAUACAGCAACUUGAAAAUGUGUUUCGUAAACUUGUUGUUACAUUACCGUAUACUAAUUGCUGUUGAAUUACCGUAUUUUUGUCUGAAAACGAAUAUGUGGGCUUAAUCUCGGUGGUUCAUAUAAAAACAGUAUAUAAUUGGCGAGAACGCUACACGUUGCUGUUGGCAUUGCAUUCCCAUUUACAAGACGACAAUACAUUACUUUCACACCGAACUGUCAUAUAUUUGGGGUUUUUUUUAUUUUAAUGUUUUUGUGUGUGUCAAGGUUAAGAUUGCUUUUGUUAUGCUUUGUCUAUGGGGUCAAAAUUUAUAGCUUGCAUAAACCUUUCCUGAUAUGUAAUUCUGAUGGGAGUGAUGGUAUAUUGUCGUGUAGUGUAGUUUUUGUGUAUAAAUGAUUAACCCAGAAAAAAACAAUAAAUUUAUAUGAAUGCCGUUAAAAUCAACAGUGUCUGUCAUCUUAUAUAUUAUAUUGUUAAACUACUUAUCGUAGUUUAAUCUUAAGAGUGAUUGUCGCCUAGUACCGUUAUUGUUUAACGUAAACUCAGUAUUAAUAUAUUUUGUUCUAGCUUUUUCUGCCGUAACUUCACUAGAAAGCUGUCCCAAGUCAAAAACUAACUCGGUAAUGACUAAAACUAUAUGUUCAGUAUGUUCUAUCUUGCACUUUAUUUCAACAUGUAUUGUGGUUGUCAGAGUAUUUUAUUAACAAUUAACAUUAUUCUCACUGUUUCAGUCUCUGCCACUGCUUGUUGAACAUUGCUGUAAUGUCGUUGAGAAUAGGGCAUUGGAAUCUGUUGGUAUAUACAGGCAAGUGGCCAACUUAAUACCACAUAUAUUUGUUCUAUUUCCUGGACAUUUAGAGAGAUAUUUUUACGAAACAAAUGGUCAAAAGUUGUAGGUUUUGUUGAAUUGCAGACUUGCUAAUUGUUAAGCCUUGAUACAUCAUGCUGAGCGUUUAAAAUGACAUCCGUCUACAUGGCCCUUCCCGAUCUAUUUUCUUUAACCUCGGAAGUGCAUAGGAAACCUUCAAUUUAAUUUUAACCAUAUUGUUGAUAUUCGUAACUCAACCGAAACCCGUUAUCUUUUGGAAAUGAUGUGAAAAUUUAAAUGUAUUUUCGACCAUAUGUUUAAUAUUCUGGCCUUCUGCACCUAUUUUCAAUGCACUUAACUCGCCCAAACUUGAUAUGUUAUCAUUGACAAUGCCCAACGUUUUCGAAUCAUUUAUCAAUGAUAAUGCAUCACCUAUUGUUAGUAACAAUUAAGCGAUUUUAUUUAUAGUUAACUUGUCCUACAUGUAAGGACAUGAAAUUUUUAAUUGAUGACAAUGAUGUUGAUGCGAAAAUAUGAUUGCAAAAUCGUGACCACAAUAUUUAUUAUUAGCAUCAUGGCAAACUUUCAAAUAUGUGGUUGUUUUUCAAUGGUCGAAAUUUCAAUUAUUUUGCCUCGUCAUUGCAUGGAGAAUUGGCUAGAAAAGAGAGAAGAAUUUAAAACACAUAAUCUCAAGAAUUCGUAUGGACAAUGCUCUCUAUCAAUUUUUAAAACCAGUUCACUUUCUAUAUUCUUCAUCUUUCGAAAUUCUCUACUGCAUGCAUGCUUGUACUUUUAAACACUCUCAUUCAACAAUGUUGCUGUAUUGUCGAAUUUUCUAUUAUUUCGUCUGCAUGCAUGUAAGCAUGCAACGCUCUUGAAUAAAACUAUACGAGAGAAUGUAAAACAUUGUAGUUAGAAAGCAUAAGAAUGCUAGUUUCAUAGGAACUCAAACUAAUUUCAGAAAAUUCAAUAUAGCUUAAUUGCGCUUUAAAAAAGAACAGUCAACAAUCACUCUUCCAGAAUGCUAAGCAUAUUAUGUUUUCUAGAAUGUGCAUUCACCCAACGGUAAUCAGGGACCUUACGAAUUUGGGACGGUAACGUGGCAACGACGGCUAUUCCUAUUGAAAAGAAAUAAAUAGUGAAGAUUUUUAUACGUCUUCAUCGAGACGUGAUAAGAACUUUUUUUUCAACGAUAAAGUUCUUAACCUUCAUGCUUAAUUGCAUUAAUAAUACACGACAAUUUCUCUUUACAAUAACAUAUUUGAAGGAUUUGUUUUAUCGUGUUGCCGUCCUUAAAUUAGUAAGGUCCCUAUUACAGGGCUCGAAAUAGCGGACUGCCAAUGGCCAAAAGCAGGCCAAAUUUUAGAAAUGGCAGGCAAAAACAAAUUUGAACUGCCAAAUAAAAAAAAAUGGCAGGUGAAAUUCUAUUGAUAUAUUUCAUUUUAUUUGUUUACCACAACUCAUAGCCUAUAUACUAGAUCAUUUAGUUGACUACUUACGUUUAUAUUUGAAAUGUAAAUCCAAGUUUACUGAAGUAAAAUAGACAAGUUUAAAAAUAAUAAAAAUGCAUAUUAUGAAAACAUUGACUUUUACAAUAUGACUCGUAUAAGACAUCGCCAUUUUGGCAGUUAAAUGAAUGGAAAUGGCAGACUAAAAUUUUUUUUCACCUGCCAAAAAGUUUUGACUGGCAGGCCAUAUUUUUUCUCUACUUCGAACCCUGCCUAUUAUCAUUCCACUGCGUGCAACUGGUGUUUCACGUUGAAAACUUGAAAUAUUAUAAUUCGUGUUGGUUUGAUUCUUGCUACAGCUUUACAAAUGAUGAAUAUGAAAAACCCAGAAGGGACUGCACUCUCUAUUUAAGAUAAACACAGAAGUUUCCGCAAGAAAUUCCAAUCUAUUGCCCAGCCCUGGUAUAGGAUAAUGUGUUUACCUCAGUGGUAAGGGCUGGGUUAGGGUUAGGGUUAGGGUCAGUUAGAGAUAGGGUUAGACCCUGGUUAGACUUAGGUUUAGGGUUAGGUUUAACUUGGGGUUAGGGUUGCUGCGUUGGGGUUAGACAACUGUAACGAAACAAUACAAAAAUAAAAUUUCUAUUCACACGAGAGUUAUCACAGAUUUAUGUUCUUAUAGGGUGCCAGGUAACAGUGCUAUGGUCACAGCGUUAGAGGAAGAAUUAAAUACUAAAUCUCUAGAUGACAUCAAUUUUGAUGAACCGGUAUGACGAGCUGUUGUCAUUUGGUAGAAUAUUUCGAAUGUGGUGGCCUGUUUUCACCUCAGUCACGUGAAGAAUGCUUUCAAUUUGUCUCUAUAAAACAACACAGUUUUUAGACUAUGAGUUGAUUUUGGACUAUAUUUAUUUAUUUUAAGCUAUUUCAAUUAAGGUUGUCACAAGCAAUUAAUAGUCAAAUGUACAAUCCAAGCGCCAAAAGCGAAAUGGGAAUAAUAUAUUUUGUAGAGUGAAAUGUAUUAUAAUCAUGUAUAUCCUGGGAAUUGCCAAAGGAGCUAUGGUCAUAAGCUACCUAAACAGCUAAAAAGGUUUUCGCGCUUGGAAUGUACAAUUGACUAUGACCACCUUAACUGGAAUAGCUGUAUCUAUUUCUGUGUAUAUUGUAAAACUCGGGUAUAUAUUUUAUUUAUAGAAAUGGAAUGAUGCCAACAACAUGGCGAGUCUUUUGAGGAAUUUUCUAAGGAAGCUUCCUGAAGGACUAGUCACGUCAGGUAACACAGCAAUAUUAUUAACAUUGUUACUGAUAUUCUGUUAAUAAAAUCAGUGCAUAUAUAUUAUCGCAACUAAAGCCCCAGUAAAAUGGGGGCAUUUCAAGCUCUAGAUUAACAAAAUAAAGGUUUGAUGAAUGUUCAAACUAGGCGAAUUUGUUCGCGCGAAGCGACUUUUCAGUUCCUUUGUCGGCAUCGCUUAUCACGUCAGCAAAAGCAACGCCGGCAAAGCCAUAGGAAAUAAAUUCGCGUAAUGGAAAACAGGCUUUAGGCGAAUUAGAACCCACAUAAACCUCGUACCCAGGGCUUCUGAGAGCCAGAAGCGCAGAAGCCCUGCUCGCAGAAACCCUGACUACGAGGUUGGCAUAUACUACACUGACUUCAAAUCAUUUUAGCCGUAUAAUCAUCUUUCUUUAUCUUGUCAGCCUGACUGUAUGAGUUGGUAUAUUGAGCCUAUCCAUUUUAGUUUUUCUGACAGCUGGAUAUAUUUUUUCCCCUCGCAGAACUUUAUGGAAAAUUUAUUAAUGCCAACCGAAUAGAAGGUGACGAAAGAAUGUGGUCGUUGAAACGUCUGGUGAGCAAAAUACCUAGAAUAAUAUACGUACAAAUAUAAGAUUAUAUGCAUGAACAGAGAAAUAUAGGUUUGCAUAGGACAGAAAACGGCGGUUAUGAAUGAGGCGGUCAUGUUUAUAGCAUGAGCGGCCGCGACCCGGCUUUGGCUCAUGUUGUAUAUUCAAGACAAGAAGGACGCGAAUGUUAUAAACAACUGGUGAAAUGAAUGAAUUGAUAUGCAAACUUGAGUUCACAAUGAUAUUUUUAGAUACAACAACUUCCACCCGUUUAUGGUGAGACAUUAAGAUUCAUCAUCAUACAUCUGAAGAAAGUCUCUGAACAUUCAGACAAGAAUAAAGUAAGUUACAAUAUGUAUAGUAUAGCAUUGUACUUUACUGAUUUUAUCGUAUCGUAUUGUAUUGUAUUGUAUGCACAUGUCAUAUUUUAUGUUAUCUUGUGCAUUGUGUAAUGUUGCUAUGCCAUAUCAGCUACGCUAUCUUGUAUAGAAUGGUGUGGUAUGGUAUAUGCAUGUUUAUAUGGUAUAUUGCCCAUGAUAUUCAUAAUGAGGAAGGGCAAGGUCGUAGGUAUGUUGUGGUGUAUAGUAUGGUAUUGUAGGGUAUUGUAUGAUCUGGGAUGUGUUAAGGCAUGGUAUGGUUUGAUUUGGUGUGGUGUGGUGUGGUAUGUUGUGUUGGUAAUUGGCGGUGUGAUGUGGUAAUGAGUGGUAUGGUGUGGCAUGGUAUGGUGUGGUGUGGUGUGGUAUGGUAUGGUAUGGUAUGGUAUGGUAUGGUAUGGUAUGGUAUAGUAUGGUAUAAUUAUAUACCGUAUAUCGUAUAGUAUGAUGAAUUAUUUUAUUCAAAUGUUUAAAUCCAUGUUUAUAGAUGGAAGUGAGAAACAUUGCAAUUAUAUUUGGACCGACGAUUGUCAGAACCGAGAAAGAUAAUAUGACAACAAUGGUGAACGAUAUGACAGACAGAUUUCGAAUUGUAGAGAGCUUUAUUAAUAACGUAAGUUGAUAUGUUUAUAAUGUUAGAAUGCUUAACAAAAAUGCAAUGUUUAAAAUGCCACUAACCCCAGAUAUGAUUUUUGGUAUGUGUAUAUUUGGGUCGUUCUUAGAAGAAGUGUACUAUUUAUAGUAAAACUCUCAUAUGAUGUCAUUAGACCAAUUUUUGAAGAAGAAAAAAAAACAAAGGAAAACUAAUACGAUAUUCAUGUAAUGACAUCAUACCCGGCAACUUCGACAGUCACAAAUUUGAGGUUUUUUAUCCUAAAGAUAUAUUACAUUUCUUUUUACAACGACCCAAAUAUUGCACAUGCAAAAAAGUCGUUUGGGGUUAGUGGCACUUAUGGUGGAGUUACACGAGCAACAAAAUUGCUGCAACUUGCAAUAAAAUCUAAUUUCUACGCAUGUUAAUUUAAAAUGUUUACACAUAAAUUACAAAUCACAAAGCAACAUGUGUCGACAUUUCUACUUAACAUGCGUUGAAAUCAGAUUUUGUUGCAAGUUGCAGCAAUUUUGUUGCUCGUGUAACUCCAGCUUUAGUUGACGACUACAGAAGUUAUUCGAAACCUUGGUACGCACGUUCGUCAAAUUUAGAAAAUUUCCCCCACCUGGUGCAGACAGUAUUGUUAGUGGACAUCUUACACAAAAUUGGUAUAGCUCUGUAUGAAACGCAAAGCUUUCAAUUUUUGUUUGGACGUCCGCUGGAUAAUGAGCCUGCUGUAUUGGGAGAAAAUUUGCUGAAUAUUACCAGCGUGUACGCGCAGGUGGCAGACUCGACCUGAAGUUACCACUGGAAAUCGAAAACUAUAGCGCAUAAAAACGCAUGUGAACAGAGUCAAUUCUCUCCUGUGCUUUGAAGGUUUUUCUCCGGAUCAUCCGGUUCUCCUCGCUCACCAAACUAAAUCAUAGGCAUCCGUGUGGAGCAUAUGUAUCACGAGCUUCUGGCUCGUGUAAAUUGGACAUCCACGCCAUAUGUUAUCCACAUUAAAUAACUUCUUAUCAUUGCCUUGUGAAUAUGAAUACGCUCACCGAGCGCGUGAAUCAUAAUAAUAAAGGUUUAUAAUACCUGCUUGCGAAUUCUUCAUUUCACUUUAUUUUGUUUCUCUAGUUUGAUUGGUUCUUUGAUAACGAACCUAUUGCUGAUGGCGAUUGUACAUCCUCACCGGUAAGAAAUGAUUUAAUUUUUCAAAACUAUUGCGAAUUUAAAAUUUUAUGUUCAUAAAUACCGUCGAAAAUAUCUGUGCAAUAGUGUACAUUUAUUUAUAUAUAUUCUAAGUAUAUUGUUAUAUACAAGUAUAUCCCCGUGCUGUAGUAUAUAGAUAAUUUUCAGAAUUACUAUAUAGAGCAUACACGCAUUGCUUCGACUUAUUUAAGAUUAAAGUUAAGUCUAUGCAGUGAAUGCGGAGCUAAAGUAAACAUGUUUUGUAAUUGACUUCAAAGGUAGACAGUGUUAGUGACUCGUUCUUCAGAAAAUUUGUUCCAUUAUUAUUUUUCAUUAUGCUAAUCAACCAUGCAAUAUCAGAACCUUUUUUUUAGCUUUGUGGUGGAUCAGGCUAUGCGUGCAUGUAUAAUUGGGGCGAGCCUGAACGAGCCCCACACUCCACAGUUUGGUGGCUCAUCGAGCUCAAGCGCAAUGCAUUAAUGGACCUAUUCCCUAAUGAACAAAAUUUUGAUCUAGACAAGUCUAGACAAACAGUUCACCACAGCUUCAAAGAGCAUCACAAAAUUAGCAAUAUUCUGAAGUUUCGUUGCAAAAUGUUGUAAAAUGCGGAUAAUAUAGCCCUGCGAAAUUUGCCGUUUUUCAGUCAUUUUGUAUUACAAACGGGAAAUUGAUACCUUUUUUCAUAAAGCGGUAUCAAUUUCCCGUGCGUAAUACAAAAUGACUGGAAAACGGCAAACUUCGCAAUGCUAUAUUAUCCGCAUUUUACAACAUUUUGCAACGAAACUUCGGAAUAUUACUAAUUUUGUGAUGCUCUUUCAAGCUGUGAUGAAAUGAUUGUCUAGACUUGUCUAGAUCAAAAUUGCGUUCAUUAGGGAAUAGGUCCAUUAAGCCGGUUUUCCACUUCGCCCGUAUCGUACCGAAAGUCCGAAACAUACUGGUGAGCAUGCGCAGAUUGAAAAGAGGUUUAUAAAUCCACGUACUUCCGGGUGUAUUCAACACCGCGGAAAAACGUCUGCGCAUGCACCAAAUUAUGAAAAUAUGGCGGGGAAUUUGAAUAUCAAUUUCUAAAACAAAAACAUGCUUAUAAAUUGGUCAAAAAUUAGUAAAACAAACGAGAAAAUAUAGCAAAUGGGUAGACUAGACAUUAAUUGAAAGCGUCCUGGCAUUUAAAGUAUGGAAUGAAAUAUAAUUCAUGUAAAAAAUUGUUGAUUUUAACGGACACGACUUCGAAAAAUUUUGCAAAGUUAUUCAAAACAAAAAUUCAAACUAAAAAGUUAAGAAAACUCUCGAAAAGUUAAGCUUCUUAACCCACUCAAAUUGUAGAAUAAAUCCUAAAGUUUAAUUAUUGUGAACACGAAAAUUUUUUAUAUUUGGCGACACCGUUUUUUUUAAAGAAAUGUAUCUCAAAAGAAAAUUCGGAAAUUGUCGUUGCUUAGUUGAUAAACAAAAUGUUUCAGACGAUAAAUUUGUCAACAAUCAUCUUUAGUUCAUGUUCUUGUACAAUACAAUUUCUUGAACCUUCUGGCUGUAUUUAUUCCUAGUUUUUAGAAUGACAUGUUUAUUUUUGCGCUCGAAAUCUGGCUGUAAAGACGUACAAGGAAGUCACUCCAUUUUACCGCCAUUUUGAGCCUUCGGAAACGUUCGGAACAGCUUCUCAUCAAGUUCGCAAUACUAUUACAGGUAAGGUUGACGCAUGCGCAGACGUUUUUCCGCGGUGUUGGUGUAUUCGCGUAUCAAAAUAAAAAGUUCGUCACAAGUCAACUUUUUUUCGGUACGGUACGUUUGAAGUGGAAAACCGGCUUUAUAGUGCGUUGUACGUUGCGUACAUAGACGGAACUUUUCCUACAGUGAUUUAGGCUCCGUUUACACUGUACCGGAUUGCUAUCGGAGUGGGUCAAAUUUUGUAGGUAUCGAAAGGCUGUGAAGUUUUUUAAUCUCAGAGACCCAAAUAAACAUGCCAAUUCUGUCAAACUAAUAAGCAUUUGCUACUAACCAUUGUUCCGUAACGGCAAAAGAAGAUGUCGUGACCAGCGAAUCCGGUACAGUGUAAACAGGGCCUUAAAUCCUACCGGCCUUUCGCCUCGCACCGGCUAUUUUGAUAACUUUCAGUCCUACAGUGAUUUACAGUAAAUUUCACCGGUCUUUCGUCUCUCACCGGCUAACAAUUUUUCAUGCGACAUGCGAUGAAAUAUAUUCUUCAUGCCAAACUGACAAAUGGCAAUUGGAAUGGUCAGUAUUAUUUACAGUGGUCAGUAUUAUUAAGCCCAUCGCAAUUUUACUUUACUCGAUUUCUGAGUGAGUUGCGAUCAAAUUCUGAUGCAAAGCCCGAUUUCGAUUUGAUUUGGGCUGAAUAUUCUGUAAUUCUUUUAUUCUUCUCUAAGUCUAAGACUAUGAAAAAAAGACCUUAUUUGCAAGUUUUUGCAAUCCGGCUCUGUACAGUAUGUAUUAAAUGUUUUGUUUACAUGCAUGCAGUACUAUUUAAUAAGCCCGUCGCAAUUUUACUUUACUCGAUUUCUGAGUGGUUGCGGAUCAAAUUCUGAUGCAAAGCCCGAUUUCGAUUUGAUUUGGGCGGAAUCUUGUGUAAUUCUGUUAUUCUUCUCUAAGACUAUGGAAAAAAGACCUUAUUUGCAAGUUUUUGCAAUCCGGCUCUGUAUGUAUUAAAUGUUUUGUUUACAUGCAGUGCAUGUAUGCAUCUGCUAUUUUUAGCGCACGUGCCAAAAACCAUGCAUUCAACCACUUCUAUAUUAUUUAUUUCAAUAUUUCAUGCAUGAAAGAUUGAAAAGAUUGUGAUUUCAAUAACGUGUUUAAUGUUUUAACAAAAUAUCAAAUAUAAAGCCUGUUCUAAACGUCGCAUUUUACAUGCGCCGAAUGCAUUCAAAACAAUGAAUAAUGAGGCAUUUCAGCUGAUUAUCUAUUGUAUUGAAUGCAUUCGGCACAUGUAAAAUGCCACGUUUAGAACAGGCCUUAUACAUGGAUAGAAAUACAAUUCCCAACAUUUAUAAUACUACGAGUUUUGCCUUUGAAAUUUCGAAACUACAUUGCAAUGCCAAUGAUAGUUUAACUAAUUAAAGUGCGGAAACAAGAAAGGUUGACAUUAGUAAUCAUUGUUGCAUGAUAGUUGCUGGCUAUCAUUGCUCUUGCUCAGGCUCGCCCCAUGAUGCUUAGCAUCUCCCUAGUUAUACGGUAAUUCUGUAAUCGGGUUUUACAAGCCACCUAUACAAUUUAUUAUUUUCUUACAUACAGGUGUCCCCUCCAGCAGAGGUAUCAUCCCCCUUGCUUGUAUCCAGUAAAGCUAUGAACUCGAUUGAACAAGCAGCCGUUAAUUAUGGUAUGUGGCAGUCGGCUCAUUCUAUUAAAUCGUAAAUAGAUGCAAACAGCUUGACGAUUGGUAAAACGGAAAAAGAACUUGGAGAAUGGAGUAGUUUUUAAACAGACCUUUUUAAAAGUCUGCCUGGUGACGUAGUUUGCAGAUGAAUACGAUCAUUUGGCCAAUCAGGCAAGCCAAAUGGCUGUGCGGGGUUUUCCUUUAUCAACAAACUACGUCACAAGGCAGACUUUUUAAAAAGGUCUAUUGCGCUGUAUCUCAAGAUCAAUAUGUCGUAAAGUGUGAUUGAUUAUUUGAGUUGGUUGCCAAAUUUUUCUCGAUCACUGCAUAUAUUUGCAAAGUUGCAAGUAUUGUUUCGGAUAGGAAGAAAGGAAUGCGUGGGGAAAGUUAAGUUCUGGUCAAGUUCGUUCACGCGCGCGUUAUUUACCAGAAUGAAAUUUUAUUCAAUAAUGUAUUACCAAAACGUAUUUUGCAACACGCGCAUUGGAGAACACACUGAACUGUCACAUUAAACAAAAAUAUCAAUGAUACAACCACACAUUUCACAAGUGCACACAAUUAUACAUGUAUUAUAAGCACUUUCCAUUCCCACUUGAUGCCGAACAAACGGGAAUAUAGGACUAGCCGUAGAAUACGAAUUACUUUUAACUCUGAUAUUUUUUCUUGUGCAGAAUCCGACCCACCAUGGAAGAACAAGGUAAGGAUAACAUAACUUUUUUUGAAAGCAGUAAGUCCUACUUUAACACUUGCAAUUUUUGCUGCGAUUUCUGGUGCGAUUUUUAUCUUCAGACUGAUGUGAACGAGGGGAACGAUUAUGAAUGUUUUGAGUAUAUGCAGGGCUCGAAGUAGAGAAAAAAUAUGGCCUGCCAGUCUAAAAUGUUUUGGCAAGUGAAAUAAAUUUUAGCCUGCCAUUUUUAUUCAUUGGACUGCCAAAAUGGAGAUGUCUCAUAUGAGUCAUAUUGUAAAAAUCAAUGUUUUCAUGCAUUUUUAGUAUUUUUAAUUAAACUUGUCUAUUUUACUACAGUACACUUGGAUUUACAUUUCAAAUAUAAAUGUGUUUAGUCGACUAAAUGAUCUUGUAUAUAUGAGUUGUGGUAUAAAGCAAAUGAAAUGAAACUAUAUAUCUAUAGAAUUUCACCUGCCAUUUUUUUUUAACUUUGGCAGUUCAAAUUUGUUUUUACCUGCCAUUUCUAAAAUAUGGCCUGCUUUUGGCCAUUGGCAGCCUGCUAUUUCGAGCCCUGAGUAUAUGUACCCUUGCCUGAACAUUCAUGUCUCAUCUACUCCUUUAGAAGAAUUACUGCAAUGUAUUGUUAAGUAAUGCAAAAUGUAGCUACUGAAAAUUGUGUCAUACCUUACUUCACAGUAAUUGUCGAAAUAUACGAGCUCAGCAUUGUCCUUUCCAGAUUACAUCUUGCUGAUUUCAUUUGGGUUUCAGCAAUGCAAAACGCUGGUCGCUACCUUGUGGAAAGCCAGAGAGUUGGCAUACGUAACCCACUGUUUUGAUUAUUUUUAGGUUGGUGGUGGAAGUAUAAAACUAUCGUUUAAGAACUUCCGAAGAACACCGAGUUCAGAGAGUUCCAAGAGUUCAGAAAGUUCCAAGAAACACGAUCUCAGUCCAGACCAUGCCGUACGCCCAAAACCAUUGGAGGGGAAAACUACACCACAAAAUAUCUCCCCUCGCUUCGGUGGAAAUUCGCAGCCAAGUUCCCCGUCUGCCGGCCGACGGAAGUUCAUAAAAAGACAUCAUUCAAGCACAAAUAUUUCGGUGACGGAAGUUCACGAUGAUUUUGAUCGGUCAAAGUCAGAAGGCGAAGAAGACGACCAUAUUUUUUAUCCUAGGCCAAGUCAUUCUACAAAAGCGUACUCAUAUGCUCGACCUCCUCCCCCUUCCUAUCGCGAAUCAAGAAACAAAAGCCGUGAACCAACUGGUAGUAACACACAACUACCGUCGAACAAGGACGUCUCGCCGGAAAAUGCUGAUUUUAACUCCUUGAGUGAUGAUACAAAGCGAAGACUUCUAAGUUUUACUUUGCGAAACAAGGUGUUUGAGAAGCAGAAACAGCAAAACGAAGCAAGUUCUCCUCCAACUAUACAAAAUGUUGGCAUUGAGAAUUUACCGAAUGACACUUUGACGGUGAUUAUUCCUAGAAAACUUUCAAAUUCUUCUCAAGCUGCAAGUAGUACAUCAGAUGAACAAAUGGUUGCUACAGAACAGCAGUUAUCACCAAAUGAAGUCAGACAACGAUUCGAACACUAUUCUAAUGACACUAAGACAACUAGUGAACCACCUUCGGUACCACCUGCUGUACGGCGACGAGAUGGGUCUACUUCUAGUUCUUCGAGUCGGAAUUUUAAAAUAUAUUCCAAAGGUGAUGUAACGUUUAGUCACUGCCAGCCACAUCAGAUUAACGAAUGGAUGAGAGACUUAGUUCUAUCUCCCAAAGGUGCAAAUGAACGGGGACGAGCGCGAGCUAAGACAGAAGAUUUGAGUAAAACAUCGAGGAGAUCUUCUAGUGUAUGUAGAACAUCAUUUACACAAGAUGAUGAGGAUAUUGUUAUGAAGCGAAGAAGUUUAUCGUGCCAGGAUAUAAAUAUCGGAGAUGAAGAUGUUAUAACUCGUGCGAGAACAUUAAGUAAGAGCAGUGAUUCAUCUCAAUCGUCUGACGAGGAAGAAGAUCAGAUGGAGGCUUCAUCCGAGGCAUUUGAUGAAAAACUCCGUGGUUUAGUGCAGGAAUGUACACUGGACAGUAAAAGUAAGACUGAACUGCAACAGGUUAGGAAAAACUCUCAAGUUAGUCGUCCACCAAGUUAUCGUAUGAACAGAACACCCGUUGAGAAAAUGCGAGAUAUGGACCCAUCAUCAAAUAUUCAGUCCGGAGCUGUUAGUUCAAUAAAAUCGUUAUUUGAAUCAGGCGCAGCUCAUCAACAUAUUGUCAAAUCAAGAGCUUCAUCAGUUAGUUCUACUUCGUCAGGGUCAGUAUUAUCCAAUGAUACUCAACGAAAAUCGACAUCUUCUACACUCAGUGAUGCGGAUGUCAAAAGACGUGUAUGGGAGUCUGGGGACGGAAAAUCAGGAGAAGGCAAGAAACGGUGGAAGGAACCAGAGUGGGUUGCGAGAGAAAGAGCGAUGAAGAAUUUAGACAGUGGAAGUGAAAGUUCUUUUAAAGAACAACCUGAUGAUAAUAACAACUUACCAAAGGAAAGGGAAUCAAAAUAUUCCCGCAGUGUGUCGCUUCCUAUCAGGGAUUCUGGCUACGUUGUCAAAGAUGUGACGGUUGAACAAAAAAGACCUGAGACAAAAACUUCAGUUGUGAGAAAAUAUUCUGCUGAUAGCGUCAAAGCCCCGGUUGGAAGUCCCAAUAUUCAACGAGCUGCUGUUAAAAAUGGGCCUAUGAUAAGGAAAGUCACCCCUGUAUCAGCUGUACAAUACAAACCAGAAUCAGAAACGCAAUCGGAAAAUCGUUCCGUACCUAUGUGGUCUCUACAUUACAAACCCGAAUCAAAAUCACAAUCAGAAAGUGGUUGGGGACCUAUGUCAACUGUGCUGUACGAAGCACGAUCAAAAUCUCAAUCAGGAAGCCGUUCAGGAUCUGUGUCAUCUGCGAAAUACAACUCAGAAGCAGAAAGUGGUUCGGGUCCUGUAUCAUUUGUGCAAUAUAAAGCAGAAUCAGAAAGUCAUUCAGGAAACGGGCGCAAUAAAAAUACCCCUCACAAAUUAAUUAAUCGAACGCAGAGCUCCCCUUUACGAUCAAGAAUUCCAUCUCAAGAAAGUUCCCCUCCUGCAAGUCCACCCGUUGUAAACUCCCCAACAAAUAAUAGUCAGACCUCCCCGAGUUCACCCCCGCUUAGUUCACCACAAAAGCAGAAACUGGCUCGUCCUCGGCGAAGAUUCGUAAGUGACAGUCAUGCACAUCCGGAAAUCCGACAAACUGGACGGACUUUCACUACUCCAAUACUUGGAACCGUAGUGACUACGACGAAUGCUAUUGAACUGGCUGGGUUUGCUAUAAAACCUGAGAGUAUGAAUCGUAAUCCUAAAUCGAGAGUAAGACGUUCAGAGAGGCAAGACAAUGGGGUUUCACAGGCGGGACAAAGGAGGACUUCUAAUGAUAUGGGUACUUUACCAACUAACUUACCACGAACAUCCCUAACUAUCCCUAAUAGUUCGUCUCCACCUGAAUAUGGUAGCCCAAGUAUUCGUCGAAAGGCACCAGGAUUAACAGUACCAGAACUUGACGAAUCGAAGCGAUUAUCAACUGAUAGAACGUUGUUAGAACAAAAUGCACUUCAUAUUAAAGAGUUACUGGACCAAAUGAACACAGAACACUCGUUGAAAAUGGAUAGACAAAAGUCUGAUACUAUCUCAAUAGAUGCACAAAAAGCUGCAAGAAAUAGAGCAAAGAUGCGAAGGCGUUCACUUGGACAGGACAGAGAGAAUGGGGUUGUUGUUGCAUCACGUGUUUCUCCUGGUGUUUUGAAUGAACAAAAUAGAGCAGAAACUCAAGCUCCAAGAAAUAUUAGUACUGUAGAAUGGGUGGGUGUAAGUAGUUGAUAAUUUUUACAUCAAAUAAUUUCUGUAUAUUUAUAUAUUUUAAUAUACACUGUAUAGUCGUUUUAUAUAGUAAUUGAGUAAAAAUAAAGUUAACUUAAAUAGAAAAAGAAUACUAUAUUAUAUAAAAUUUUAAGGAUUCGUAAGAAAUUGUUGUUGUAUAUUGCUAUUUUAUAUUCGUUGUAUGUUGUGUUCUGUUGUAAAUAUACAAUAAAUAUUUAAAAGUUAUUUUAUUGUCAUAUCUUUUUAUCGCAUUUUCGACUACUCAACGGUAAGGUUUCAUUAAUUAAAAGAUUACUGCUCAAAACUGUGCUGAUUACUGUAAGAUUACUCUGCUGUACUGUACAGUAUUGUUAAACAAUCUAAAAGACUCUUUUGCGUUAAAACAUAUCAACAAUAUUGAAAAAGGACUAAAGCCUAGGAUUGUAUAACGAUGUGACGUAAUCAUGUGAAAGUGAAAG